GUCGAAGUAUUCAUGUCAUUCUCGAGUUAUUCAAAUGUUUAGACAUUCACCGAGAGUUACAAUUAAACGAUGUUCAAUUCUUUGCAUUCAUGAGUUGUUCAACUGACUUGACCAAGUCACAGAUUUACAAAGUGUUUGAUAUGUUAGAUGUCGACUGUUCAGGGACGUUGGAUUUCGACGAAUUUUAUUUGUUAGUGUGUAUCUUGAUUGCAGUACAGGACAAGGACGAGAAACAUUUCAUUUACCGCCAUUCAAGAACUGUAUUUGAUUUACUGGACGAGGAUGCUAGUGGGAAUAUUUCGUGCUAUGAAUUUGAAAAAUUUGGAUUUCUUUUUAAUUUGCAAGGAGAGGCAAUGAGGACAAUAUUUUCUGAGUUUGAUGUAUCUGGAGAUCAU